UUCUUCUUCUUCCCCUGGCCAUUAACACCUGAAAAUCUCGAAACCAUAAAGGAAGAAGAAUAGAUAAUGAGAUAAAAGAGAUGAAAAUGGUGGGACUAAGUAUUGUUUUGGAGUUUUCUAACAACAACACUCUCAGCAACGGCUUUGUUAGUCCCAAACCGCAUCAGGUUGUCAACAAAUCCACCGUCAUGGUCAGCGCCAUCGCCUCUGAUCUCCGCCGUGGUAGUUCUUAUCCGGAUUCUGGGUUUCUCAAACAUUGUUUUCUCUGUAAAAGGAAACUUCUUCCAGCGAAAGAUAUCUACAUGUACAAAGGUGAUAAAGGUUUCUGUAGCGUGGAGUGUAGAUCGAAGCAGAUGGUCAUAGACGAAGAUGAAAGCUUUAGAAGAGAGAACUGUUCGUUCAUGGCUGUUAAAGCAACGAAGCCUGACUCACCGGCCCCGACGUCUUCAGGCGGUAGUCCGCCGUGAUCCGAGAAACUGAGCCAGGCGGUUUUCGAGAAAGCAUUGCAAACUGAAAAGUGUGAUCUGACUUUUCCACCCUUUGGACUUAUUUUUGUCGUUUUGUUUUAUGAGAUGUAAAACCAGAAGGGUGUUUUCGGUAUUUCUUGUUUACAUAUCUAUGGGAGCACCUAGUUUCUAUUUAUUUGGUU